AUGUUUAUCAAGACUGAAGCUGGUGAACAGAUCUCUAUUGACAUUGGAACAUUAAAUACGAUCAGAGAUGUGAAGAAGAAGAUUCGACAUAAGAUGGGUAUUCCUGUCAACAACCAACUGUUAGUCGCUAACGAUGCAGAAUUGGAAGACGAUCGAACUCUUUCUGACUGCGGUAUUGACAACAGUUCCGUCGUCUUUCUAAUUUCAAUGCACAUUGGAUUAAGUGGCACGAACCAUACGUCGAAGCUCACUGUCAAGACCGAGGACGGCGGUAGAAUUACACUUGAUAUCGAACCAUCUUGGACAAUCAGGGACGUGAAAAAGAAGAUUCAAGAUCAAGAAGGUAUUUUACCCGAACAGCAACUUAUAGUAAUUAACGAUGCAGAGGUCGAUGAUCAUCGAGCUGUUUCCUACUAUAAUAUCGGCAAUGAUUCUAGCAUUCAUUUGAUUAAAAUGGGCGAUGCGACGACUAUUGUUGCUCAUCCUCCGGUGAGUAUGUGUGAGAUAUAA